AUGAGGUUACUAUUAUCCAUGUUUCGCAGACGGUUUAGUCUGCGCUCAACGUUUCUUGGCAUUUUGGUGAUGGCCGUCCUAUCUAUUGUAUUUGUGAUGAGUGUUGGUUCUCAUGACUCUGCCAAUUAUGAUGAAUAUUUGGGGACUGUGAAGGAUCAUGCUAAUAAUGUGAUAGAAUAUGUAGGUGAUAAGAUUAGUUAUUUUGGAAACGGUAACACUUUAGAACCUGGUUACGUUUGGAAGAAUCCACAUUAUGAUGAAGAGACCAUAUCUCAGCUAUUGACAAAAUUGGAUACACCUUUAUAUCCUGAAGAUCAAGUUAAUAAGACUAGGACUAAACAAAUAUAUUUGGAUAAUUUGAAUCUAUAUAGAGACACUAUGUCAAAAGAAAUCGAUGAACCACAAGUAGAAGAUUUGGUUCGUAGUAGUGAAUCGAAUUUUAAUGCAGGAAAUGCUGUACCAGCUACUAUAUUGUCAUUAGUGAGAAAUGAGGAUUUAAAAGAGUUAGUACAAUCCAUUAAACAAAUAGAAGAGAAAUUUAAUGCUAAAUUUAAUUAUCCUUAUACUUUUUUAAAUGACGAAGAGUUUUCUGAAGAGUUUAAAGAGGUUAUUAUUCAUUUAUUACCAUCAGAACGUGAAGUACGUUUUGGUAAGAUUAGUGAAGAGGAUUGGAAUAUUCCAGAGAGUGUGGAUAAAGAAAAAUAUAAACAAGGUGUGGAACUAUUGGAUUCAGAAGAUGUCUCUUAUGCAAAAAUGGAAUCCUAUCACAAUAUGUGUAGGUUUUACUCUAGAUCUUUUUAUAGGCAUCCUCUAUUGAAAGAUAUUAAAUAUACUUGGAGAUUAGAACCAGGCGUUAAAUUCUAUUGUGAUAUUGACUAUGAUAUAUUUAAAUUCAUGGCAGACCAUAAUAAAAUCUAUGGAUAUGUGUUAAAUUUAUAUGAUAGUCCACAAUCUAUUAAGAGUCUAUGGAAGGAUACAAGAGAAUUUUUACAAAAAAACUCAGAUUAUAUUAAUGAACAAGGUUCCUUUGACUGGAUCAAAGAGAAUAUGCAAAAAUCUAUAAACUUCAAUAUCACUGAAGGUUAUUCUUCUUGUCAUUUCUGGACAAACUUUGAGAUUGCGAAUUUGGAUUUCUUAAGAUCUGAACCAUAUGAAGCCUAUAUGGAUUUCCUCGAAUCGAAAGGUGGGUUUUAUUACGAAAGGUGGGGGGACGCGCCAGUUAGAAGUUUGGCAUUGGGCCUCUUUGCUGAUAAGUCACAGAUCCAUUGGUUUAGAGAUAUUGGAUACACUCAUUUCCCAUACACAAAUUGUCCGAACUCUGCGAAAUGUGAUAAUAGAUGUACACCAGGCUCAUUUACACCUUGGGAUAAUCUAGAGAUAGAGAACUGUCAAGCAACAUGGAUGAAAUAUAGUAUGACAGACGAUGAAUUGAAUCUAUAUUACAAGAAGAAUAGCGAUUGA